AUGACAAUUUCUAAUCUGCUGAAGCAGAGAGUCAGGUACGCUCCCUACCUGAAAAAAGUUAAACAGGCACAUGAGCUUAUCCCACUGUUCAAGAAUGGCCAGUACCUGGGUUGGUCCGGUUUCACAGGGGUCGGUACGCCCAAGGCAGUUCCCGAGGCGCUGAUAGAUCACGUGGAGAAGAACAACCUGCAGGGGAAGUUGAGGUUCAAUCUUUUCGUAGGCGCAUCUGCUGGUCCCGAGGAAAACCGGUGGGCUGAGCACGACAUGAUCAUUAAGAGAGCCCCCCAUCAGGUGGGGAAGCCCAUUGCGAAGGCCAUCAACCAGGGCAGGAUCGAGUUCUUCGAUAAGCACUUGUCCAUGUUCCCACAGGACUUGACGUACGGAUUCUACACCAGGGGAAGAACCGACAACAAAAUCCUGGAUUAUACCAUCAUCGAGGCCACCGCGAUCAAAGAGGACGGGUCCAUUGUCCCCGGGCCCUCCGUCGGUGGGUCUCCGGAAUUCAUCUCGGUCAGUGAUAAAGUGAUCAUUGAAGUCAACACGGCCACGCCUUCGUUCGAAGGUAUUCACGAUAUAGAUAUGCCCGUAAACCCACCUUUCAGAAAGCCCUACCCGUACUUAAAGGUCGAUGACAAAUGUGGUGUCGACUCCAUCCCGGUCGACCCUGAGAAAGUGGUGGCCAUCGUAGAGUCUACCGUGCGAGACCAGGUUCCUCCAAACACUCCCUCCGACGAGACGUCGAGGGCGAUUGCCGACCAUCUGGUCGGCUUCUUCAGAGACGAGGUCAAGCACGGCAGGCUGCCCGAAAACUUGUUGCCCUUGCAAAGUGGUAUCGGUAACAUCGCCAACGCCGUCAUCGAGGGCCUUGCCGGCGCCCAAUUCAAGCAUUUAAAUGUAUGGACCGAAGUGUUGCAGGAUUCGUUCCUGGACCUUUUCGAAAACGGGUCUUUGGAUUACGCCACCGCCACCUCCGUGAGACUGACUGAAAAGGGUUUCGCAAGRGCUUUUGAAAACUGGGAGCACUUCAAGCACAAACUGUGUCUGAGAUCUCAAGUCGUCUCCAACAACCCGGAAAUGAUCCGUAGAUUAGGUGUCAUUGCCAUGAACACCCCAGUGGAAGUCGAUAUCUAUGCUCAUGCCAACUCCACGAACGUUAACGGUUCCCGUAUGUUGAACGGUUUGGGUGGGUCCGCUGACUUCUUGAGAAAUGCCAAGCUGUCGAUCAUGCACGCACCCUCCGCAAGGCCCACCAAAGUGGACCCCACUGGUAUUUCCACAAUCGUGCCCAUGGCCUCUCAUGUUGACCAAACCGAACACGAUUUGGACAUCCUGGUCACCGACCAAGGUUUGGCUGAUCUAAGAGGGCUAUCGCCCAAGGAAAGGGCUCGUGAAAUCAUUAACAAGUGUGCUCAUCCUGAUUAUCAAGCUUUGUUGACUGAUUAUUUGGACAGAUCAGAACACUAUGCCAAGAAGCACAACUGUUUGCACGAACCACACAUGCUAAAGAACGCCUUCAAAUUCCACACAAAUCUGGCUGAAAAGGGUACCAUGAAGGUCGACAGCUGGGAACCAGUUGAUUAA